AUGGCUGCCUUGGGGUUGUUCCUUGUCUGGAGCCUGCUCUUUCCUGCCUUACUCCUGGCAUUGCACCUCCCGACUCCAGAGAACUCUACCUGGCACUUGCCUCUGAAUUCUGUCCCUAAGUCCCCUCAGUUGGAAGUCCCCUCCAAAGACCCUCCUCGAAGGGCCCUGCCAGUCCUUCCCCGCUCCGAUGCUUCUGCCCAUGAGUUCUCUAGUGGAGACGGGGAAUUGAAGAAUGAGAACAGCCAAGGUGCCAGUCCAGUGGGCCACCCUAGAGCUACAAAAUCCAAGAGGAAGUUCAAGCUCCUUGCAAAGGGGGCACCAGCUGGCUCUUCUGGUGGAAGUUUAGCUCCCCACUUGACUGAGGAGAGUCUCAUUCUGCCAACCGAAGGCUUUUUCAAUGUUCAGGGAGAGGUUGAGGGUACUCAAGGUUGGGAACGAAGUCCAAAACAGAGGAAGAAAAAGCUGCCUCAUCCUUCUUCUAGCAUAUCAAAGAGAAACAUGUCCACCUCUGUGGCGGCCCCUCUUCCCACUUCACCCAGACUAGAGGCCUCAGAAUUACUUGUCUCCCAGGAGGGAUCCUUGCCCAAUCUCCACCAAGCAGGGUUCAAACACGGCCUCCCAGCAACUACCUUAAGCCCCAGGCCCACUGUGUCCACCAUUCCUUUGGCAACAUUCCCUGUUAACAGGUCUCUUGUCAAAUGGGAGGUAGUGGAAGAUGCCGAACCUGAGGUUGGUGCUUCAAGGGGAUGGUUGGAAAACAGUGUGCCGGAGCAGGAACUGCUGGGCCGGAAUCUAACCACAGUAAAAUAUUUGGCUUCAUACAAGAGCAGACAGGUCUACAGUGGCCUCCUUGGCCAGGAAGAGCUUUCUACAUCUCCUCUCAGGCCUGUGGUUCAGGCAGCUGGAGAUGCUCAGAAUCUCCCUGGGCAAGACGGGGCCAUACCACCCGUGACUUCCCCCUCUCAGGAAGGCAUAGUUACCCCACUGAUGGGGAAGGGCCUUAGGCAAAGUCCAGCAAGCUCCAAUCUGCCUAUUUCAGAUGACCACUUCCCUGUCCCUUUCACCCCUUCGCUGUCAGGGGUGACCGCCCGAGAACCAAAUCCUCAUAUAAGAAGCACUCAUUGGAAUCUGAUCAUUGAUACCACCCAGAAGCCAGGACUUUGGGACACGGCGGGAAUGGAAACCACCACCUUUCAAGGCAGCUCUGCUACCUCAG